UUACAGUAUAAAUUCUCCUACACUCUUGUCACCUGCAACAUUAUCAACAGCUCCAGGGAUUCCUUCAUUUCUCAAGUAAUUUCUGCGUGUGGUCCAUAAUGAUGAUGUCUGGAGGGGUGUUAUUGCCCCUAAUCCUGCUGCUCAACACCGGAAUGAUUUCAGGUACGGUUGUUUCCAGCUGUGGUACGUGCCAUGAAAAAGCAACGUGCCAAGAGUCACAGAUAAGAGGCGACGACUUUCCCAGCUUCUCCUGCGUCUGCAAAGAUGGCUUUGUCGGCGAUGGUCUCACUUGUUACAAUCGCUUAGCGUGCGCCGAUGGCUCUUGUUGUGAGCGAGGCUAUGAGUGGGCACCCGACAGUGGCUGCGUGGACACUGACGAGUGCUCGCUUCCUGACUCACCCUGCACGGCACCUCUGGUUGUUUGCCAAAACACACCGGGCUCUUAUGAAUGCCUAGCUCCGGCCGCACGCUCCAGAUCCGGCCCUGCCUCACAAUCGGUCCAGUUCCUUUGCGGAAACAUAACGUGUCCAGCGGGGAUGGACUGCAUUGGAAAUACAUGCACUGACCCCUGUGAGAGCUACACCGUCCUGAAUGAUGACUGGCGUUCGACACAGUUUCGAUAUAAUAAUUCUAACCAGGCGAAAUGCGACCGAAAUGUUGAGUGGCAAGGCUGGUAUCGUCUGGUUCUUGGGCACAACAGUGCACGUAUACCUGACAGAUGUAUAGAGGAAAACAUGUGCGGAACCCAUGCACCAUUGUGGAUAACAGAACCUCAUCCAACACAGUCGAAUGUGAUUGCAAGUCGUACUGUGUGUAACGCAUGGGGUAGAGAAUGCUGCCAGUUUGCUUCUCACAACAUCCAUGUCAAGCUUUGCUCUACAGCAGCUAGCAGAUACUACGUCUACAAACUUGUGAAGCCAUCUACGUGCUAUCUUGGUUACUGUGCAGAGGUUACUGAAAAUGGUUAUUCCACACCAGCACCUGAAGAUUAUUCCACAUCAGCACCUAUUUUAACAACUUUCGAUGGUGAGACGACCGGACCCAACCCCCCACAAACAACGGCAGCGGGGCCAGUAGAAGAGGGGGAGGUCCGUCUGGCGAACGGUGGUAACAGCUCCUGCUCCGGCAGAGUGGAAAUCUUCCACCGUGGGCAGUGGGGGACAGUAUGUGACGACAUCUGGGACCUGAACCAUGCGCAAGUGGUGUGCAGGCAGUUGGGCUGCGGCAGGGCCCUGGCGGCCCUCGACAGGGCCCACUUUGGACAGGGCAGAGGGCCCAUUUGGCUGGACAACGUCAGAUGCACGGGAAGUGAAGCAAAGCUGGGUGAGUGCGUUCACCAAGGGAUUGGAUCGCACAACUGUGGCCACAAUGAGGAUGCCGGAGUGGUUUGUGAAGCUGCUUCACCCGUGAGACUGGUCAACUCUGGCAGACGCUGCUCCGGAAGAGUUGAGGUCUACCAUAAUGGACAGUGGGGGACUGUGUGCGACGACAUUUGGAACCUCCCCAACGCCAAUGUGGUGUGCAGACAGUUGGACUGCGGCAGGGCUCGAUCAGCACUGCACAGUGCAGCCUUUGGACAGGGCACCGGACCCAUCUGGUUGGACGAUGUCCGUUGUUUUGGAAAUGAAACCUCAAUAACAAGUUGCAGACAUCCCGGAUUUGGGAGACACAACUGUGUUCACAGGGAGGAUGCCGGUGUUGUUUGCGAAGACAAGCAACCGCCACCCAGACCUUCUCACCUUAUUUGUGGCCCUGACAAAAUCCAAGUGGGCCUGAAUUCAGCGAGCAUAACCACCGCUGGUUACAACCCGCUCUCUGGCAACCUGGCAGUCUACAACUGUUCAAGGGUCAGGGUGCAAGGUGGUGUUGUGUGGUACGAGGCUGACGCUAAGGCAAAUGCCUGCGGAAACGUGCUGACGACCAACCGUACACAUGCCAUCUACUCUAACAGUUUAUUCAUCUACCCAUUGAACAAUGGAUCCUUCUCUCCCGCUGUGAAGCUUCCUUUCUCGUGUGCUUAUCCCCUGGACACAGAGGGCAGGCUGAAUGUUGCCGUCAGGCCGUUCCUGGACCUGGAAGGUGGCAUUGUUGGCUCAGGUGUCAAAGCCAGAGCUUCCAUGGUCCUGUUCCGUAACUCCAACUAUACAGAGCCUUAUUCAGCGGGUCCGGUGGUCCUUCCAGUGGGCUCACCAUUGUAUGUGGGGGUCUCUGUGGACAAAAACGAUCCCAGCUUUGCAGUUGUUUUGGAGGAUUGCUUCGCCUCCCACUCCCCAAACCCUGCAAACCCCGAGCGAUACUCUCUCAUCCGCAACAAAUGUCCCGCUGACCGCCAACAAGUGUCAGUGGCUGAGAGCGGCUCAUCCCUCCGGGCUCGUUUCGCUGCCCUGUUCUUCCUGCUUCAGGGGGAAUACCGAGCUGUUUACCUGCACUGUAGCCUCAGCCUGUGUGACCGGAGGAGGUACUCUUGCAUUCCGCCUUGCACAAGGAGAGUACACCGAUCUGUCUCAAACUCUGGUGUAAUGGAGCCACUCAGCAUUGGGCCGAUCACUUUUCUCGAGUUUUCUCACUUGAAACAUCACCACCAGCGCCUGGACUCGCUCCGUGUCAAGCGAACAAGAGGUCAACACAGGGCCAAUAUGGGGAUACCUAGUGAAGUUUUACUGUUCUUGGUUUUGCAGCUCAUGACAAGAGGAUCAGGUAUAGUUGUUUCCAGCUGUGGUGCGUGCCAUGAAAGAGCAACGUGCCAAGAGUCACAGAUAAGAGGCGACGACUUUCCCGGCUUCUCCUGCGUCUGCAAAGAUGGCUUUGUUGGCGAUGGUCUCACUUGUUACAAUCGCUUAGCGUGCGCCGAUGGCUCUUGUUGUGAGCGAGGCUAUGAGUGGGCACCCGACAGUGGCUGCGUGGACACUGACGAGUGCUCGCUUCCUGACUCACCCUGCACGGCACCUCUGGUUCUUUGCCAAAACACACCGGGCUCUUAUGAAUGCCUAGCUCCGGCCGCACGCUCCAGAUCCGGCCCUUCCUCACAAUCGGUCCAGUUCCUUUGCGGAAACAUAACGUGUCCAGCGGGGAUGGACUGCAUUGGAAAUACAUGCACUGACCCCUGUGAGAGCUACACCGUCCUGAAUGAUGACUGGCGUUCGACACAACAUGGAAUGUUAUCACCUGCAAAGUGUGACAGAAAUGUUGAGUGGCAAGGCUGGUAUCGCUUAUUUCUCGGACGAGAUGACGCACAUAUUCCUGAGGGAUGUGUCCAUGGAUUCAAGUGCGGAACCCAUAUCACCAUCUCACUAAAUGAACCUCAUCCCACACAGUCUGAUGUCAUAGUAACUCGUCCUGUGUGUAAUACCUGGAGUGACGAUUGCUGCCGUUUUAACUCACAACGCAUCCACGUGAAGCUCUGCUCGAGAGCAGCUUCCAGCUACUACGUCUACAAACUUGUGAAGCCUCCCACCUGUCAUUGGGCAUACUGCGCAGAGGUAAAUGAGACAAGUUAUUUUACAACACCCGAACCUGAUGGUUCUGGAAUGGAGCCAACAACAAUCACCACCGAAACGACAACUCAUGCCAUUGAGAGAACGACAGAAGCUCACAGACAUUCAACAACAGCAACAACACCAGUGCAGCCAGGAAAAGAGGGGGAGGUCCGUCUGGCUAACGGUGGUAACAGCUCCUGCUCCGGCAGAGUGGAAAUCUUCCACCGUGGGCAGUGGGGGACAGUAUGUGACGACAUCUGGGACCUGAAGCAUGCGCAAGUGGUGUGCAGGCAAUUGGGCUGCGGCAGGGCCCUGGCGGCCCCCAACAGAGCCCACUUUGGACAGGGCAGAGGGCCCAUUUGGCUGGACAAUGUCAGAUGCACGGGAAGUGAAGCAAAGCUGGGUGAGUGCAGCCACCAAGGGAUUGGAUCGCACAACUGUGGCCACAAUGAGGAUGCUGGAGUGGUUUGUGAAGCUGCUUCACCCGUGAGACUGGUCAACUCUGGGAGACGCUGCUCCGGAAGAGUUGAGGUCUACCAUAAUGGACAGUGGGGGACUGUGUGCGACGACAUUUGGAACCUCCCCAACGCCAACGUGGUGUGCAGACAGUUGGACUGCGGCAGGGCUCAAUCAGCACUGCACAGUGCAGCCUUUGGACAGGGAACCGGACCCAUCUGGUUGGACGAUGUCCGUUGUUUUGGAAAUGAAACCUCAAUAACAAGUUGCAGACAUCCCGGAUUUGGGAGACACAACUGUGUUCACAGGGAGGAUGCCGGUGUUGUUUGCGAAGACAAGGAACCGUCACUCAGACCUUCUCACCUUAUUUGUGGCCCUGACAAAAUCCAAGUGGGCCUGAAUUCAGCGAGCAUAACCAGCGCUGGUUACAACCCGCUCUCUGGCAACCUGGCGGUCCGCAACUGUUCAAGGGUCAGGGUGCAAGGUGAUGUUGUGUGGUACGAGGCUGACGCUAGGGCAAAUGCCUGCGGAAACGUGCUGACGACCAACCGCACACAUGCCAUCUACUCCAACAGUUUAUUCCUCUACCCAUUGAACAACGGAUCCUUCUCUCCCGCUGUGAAGCUUCCUUUUUCGUGUGCUUAUCCCCUGGACACAGAGAGCAGGCUGAAUGCUGUCGUCAGGCCGUUCCUGGACCUGGAAGGUGGUAUUGUUGGCUCAGGUGACAAAGCCAGAGCCUCCAUGGUCCUGUUCCGUAACUCCAACUAUACAGAGCCUUAUUCAGCUGGUCCGGUGGUCCUUCCAGUGGGCUCACCAUUGUAUGUGGGGGUCUCUGUGGACAAAAAAGAUCCCAGCUUGGCAGUUGUUUUGGACGAUUGCUUCGCCUCCCACUCCCCAAACCCUGCAAACCCCGAGCAAUACUCUCUCAUCCGCAACAAAUGUCCCGCUGACCGCCAACAAGUGUCAGUGGCUGAGAGCGGCUCAUCCCUCCGGGCCCGUUUUGCUGCCUUGUUCUUCCUGCUUCAGGGGGAAUACCGAGAUGUUUACCUGCACUGUAGCCUCAGCCUGUGUGACCGGAGGAGGUACUCUUGCAUUCCGCCUUGCACAAGGAGAGCCCGACGCUCUGUCUCAAACUCUGCUCCGUUGAAGCCACUCACCAUUGGCCCGAUCAUUUGGGAGAAAUCAUCUCAGUGACAUGCUGUCAAAAAAUAAAUUUGUUUGACCAUCCAUCCAUCCAUCCAUCCAUCCAUCCAUCCAUCCAUCCAUCCAUCCAUCCAUCCAUCCAUCCAUCCAUCCAUCCAUCCAUCCAUCCAUCCAUCCAUCCAUCCUGCUUGCCCCCGGGGAAAGGGGUUCCGCAGGUGUGCUGAAGCAGUAGUAGUCAUCGGGCA